GGGCGCAGGAUGCAGUUCCGCGAUCUGGCCGCCGUCUUCCGGCGCAUCGAGGCCAAGAACUCGCGCGACGCCAGCAUCGCCGAGCUUGCGGCGACCUUCCGCGAACUGCGCGCCUCGCACCCGGCGCAGCUGCCCCGAGCCUUGUACCUCGCGACGUCGCAGUUGGCGCCGACGCAUGCCGGCGUGGAGCUCCGGUUCCGCGACAAGUCGUUUGCGCCCGUCCUCACAGCGGCGUUUGCCUCGCCGACCAAGGCGUUGAGCCAAGACGACGUGUUCGCCUUGUACAAGCAGACAGGCGACUAUGGCACGGCCGUCGACGAGCUCUUGGCCAGCGCGCGCUUCGACUUGCACAAGGAUAGCGCGCGUGCACCCAUGACCAUCAACUCUGUCUUCGAGCAAUUGACGCUGCUGUCCACUCAAGUUGGCAAAGGCUCGACAGCGCGCAAGCAGGAGAUCGCGACGGCGCUUCUGCGGCAGUGUGGGACGCGCGACGAAGCCACGUUCCUCGUUCGCCUCUUGGCCCACCAGAACCUGCGUAUCGGCGUUGGCGUCAAGACAGCGCUCGCGGCGCUGGCCGACGCCUACGUGGCGAUUGGCGAUGACGCGAAGGACGACCGAAAAGCCACGACCAAAGCGUGGCUGACGUCGGUCGUCACGGCCUACUCGCAGCGCCCUAGCUUUGACGACCUCGUUGCCAUCAUCGACGGCUGCGCGACCAGUGCUUCGCUCGACGACAUGUGCGACUGCGUCCGCACGCAUGCCAGUCCUGUCCCAGGCACACCACUUCAGACGAUGCUCGGCUACCCGGCCGCCUCGCUCGCCGAGAUUGUCGAGCGCAUGGCCAAGCUACCGAAUGCCAUGGCGGCGUGUGAGUUCAAGUACGACGGCGCGCGGCUGCAGGUGCACAUGACAGCGAACGGCGAUGUGGCCAUCUUUAGCCGCAACAUGGAGCGCAUCCCGAUCGAGCACAAGUACAUGCGCACGCUGCGUCACUCGUUGCACAUGGCGCCCGGCGUCUCGUCUUUGAUUCUCGAAGGCGAGAUGGUCGCGAUUGAUUGCAGCACUGGAAAGCUACAGCCGUUCCAGACGCUGCAGACAAAAGACGCGGAAGACAUGUGCUUCUUCGCGUUUGAUUGCCUUUACCACAACGGCACGUCGCUCGUGCAGGCGCCCCUCGAAGAUCGCCGCGCGCGCCUUCACCAGUCGAUUGUGCCACAGCCCGGCAGCGUCGAGUUUGUAAAAGCGUUCGAUGUCGAUGUGACGACGCCGUCAGCGAUCUCGGACGUCCGGCGCGUGCUGCAAGGCGCCAUCGACGCCGACUGCGAAGGGCUCAUGGUCAAGUCGCUUGGCGAAAGCUACAAGGCCGGCGCCCGCACGCACACGUGGCUCAAAGUCAAGGGCGACUACCUCUCGGGCGAUGACGCGGGCGGUGGCAGCGCCGGCAUCUUCUUGCCCGACUCGCUCGACCUCGUGCCCAUUGCGGCGUACCACGGAAAAGGCCGGCGCGCCAACGUUUACGGCUCGUUCCUUCUCGCUUGCUUCGACCCGUCGUCCGGAACGUACGAGACGGUCGGCAAGGUGGGCUCGGGCUUCACCGAUGCGCAGCUCACCGAGAUUUCGGACCGCCUGCAACCGACAACCCUCGUCGGCAAGCCGACCGCGUAUCGCGCCAGCACCUUGAAGUCGGUGCAGCCAGACGUAUGGAUUCCGCCCACCGAAGUCUGGGAGAUCCGCGCCGCGCAACUCACGCAGUCCAGCCGGUACCUCGCCGGCGCGCGGGAGGGCACCAAGGGCCUUGGUGUCCGCUUCCCCCGGUUUUUGCGCCCGCGCCCCGACAAGCGCCCCGAGAACGCCACAACGAGUGACCAGCUCGUCGAGCUCUACGAAGCCUCCGUCUCGUCAAGUCGUGCCGAGCAGGACGAGUCGUUGGCGUAA